GCGCCAAUAUCUCGCCCCCAUUUCUUUUGAGCUGCAAACUUCCCUAAACAUGUGAUCGCUUACUGCCCUCUCAUUUCCACUCCUCUCUCUCUCUCUCUCUCUCUCUCUCUCUCUCUCUCUCUGAUUUCUGUCUCUCUGAUUGAUCUGCAUUGUCUUCAUGGUCAAUCUGCCAGACCCAAUUUGUUAAAACGCUCAGAAAUCUAAUAUUCACAUUUUCUGCCAAAUUUUUUGGUGAAUAUAUAUAACUUGGUUGCAUCUUUUUCCUUGGAAAUUUCUUUAUGAAGGGCACUUUAGGGUUGAAUAAGCUAUCAAUUUCAACAACCCAAUUGAAGUAUUUUUCUUUUGAAAUGUAUAUGGUUCUCAUUUAGAAGGAUACUAGGAAUUUUGAUGAGAGGCCAAAGUGGAAGAAAGCAUAUGCAUCUAUGAAGACUGGUGAAGGGAAGUCGCCGAUGCAGUUGUCGGUUGAGCUUGCUUCUUCUUCGGUGUUUAAUUCCUUACGAAAGUUUCAGAUGGAAUGGCAGAUCCUGCUAGCUAUGGGAAUUACGAGCGUGAUAUUGAACAAGCACUCGUUGCAUUAAAAAAAGGUUCCCAGUUAAUCAAGUAUAGCAGAAAAGGGAAGCCAAAGCUUCGUCCAUUCAGAAUUUCUACUGAUGAAACUACUCUAAUCUGGUACUCACAUGGCGAAGAACGAACUCUGAAGUUAUCUUCCGUCUCUCGAAUUAUCCCUGGACAGAGAACAGCUGUGUUUCGAAGAUUCUUGCGCCCAGAAAAGGAUUACUUGUCAUUUUCUCUUCUAUAUAACAACAGUGAACGAUCACUUGAUCUGAUCUGCAAGGAUAAAGCUGAGGCAGAGGUAUGGUUUGCUGGCCUUAAGGCGCUAAUUUAUUCUGGACAACAACGUGGUAGACGUACUAAGAGUGAUAUUUCUGAUUUGCAAGACUGUGGUGACUCUAUUAAUGGCCGUCCUUCUGGUGAGACCUUAGAGUUCGCUUCAAGCAUUGCCCGUGGUAGGGUAUCAGUUGAUUCUCGUGAAUCAGUGAAUUCAGGCUCAGAUGUGGGUUCAGAACGUGCAAAUAUGCAACUAAGAACAAGUGCAGGAGAUGGUUUUCGGAUUAGUGUUUCAAGCACUCCUAGCUGUUCAAGUGGAGGGUCUGGACCUGAUGACAUAGAAUCACUAGGAGACGUUUAUGUGUGGGGAGAGAUCUGGUCUGAUGGAAAUGUAUCUGAUGGGUCUGCAAAUCCAAUCCCUACAAAAACGGAUGUGCUGAUUCCAAGGCCCUUGGAGUCGAAUGUUGUUCUUGAUGUUCAUCAGAUUGCUUGUGGUGUGCGACAUGUUGCUCUUGUAACAAGGCAAGGUGAGGUUUUCACAUGGGGAGAGGAAUCUGGUGGAAGACUUGGUCAUGGGAUUGAUAGAGACUUUAGUCGUCCUCGCCUUGUUGAGUUCCUUGCAACUAAUAAUGUAGAUUUUGUUGCAUGUGGCGAGUAUCAUACAUGUGCUGUAUCUACGUCUGGUGAUUUAUUUACUUGGGGUGAUGGUACACAUAAUGCUGGACUUCUUGGUCAUGGAACUGAUGUUAGCCACUGGAUCCCUAAAAGGGUUACUGGUCCUUUAGAAGGACUUCAGGUUCUAUCUGUUGCAUGUGGCGCAUGGCAUUCAGCUUUGGCAACUUCCAGUGGAAAAAUGUUUACAUUUGGAGAUGGAGCAUUUGGUGUUUUGGGUCAUGGAGAUCGAGAGAGUGUUCCAUAUCCAAGGGAGGUACAGUUAUUGAAUGGACUAAAGACAAUAAAAGUAGCAUGCGGAGUUUGGCAUACUGCAGCUAUUGUAGAGGUUAUGGGCCAGUCUGGUCCAAAUGCUUCAUCCAGAAAGUUGUUCACCUGGGGUGAUGGUGACAAACAUCGUUUAGGUCAUGGAAGCAAAGAUACUUAUCUUCUUCCCACCUGUGUCUCUUCCCUUAUUGACUAUAAUUUCCACCAGCUAGCAUGUGGACACACUAUGACUAUUGCCCUCACCACAUCAGGUCAUGUGUUUACCAUGGGUGGCACUGCAUAUGGUCAGCUAGGCAAUCCAAGUUCUGAUGGGAGAGUACCUUGCCUAGUACAGGAUAAAUUGGUUGGUGAGUUUGUUGAAGAAAUUGCAUGUGGGGAAUAUCAUGUUGCUGUCCUGACAUCAAGAAGUGAAGUAUUCACUUGGGGAAGAGGUGCUAACGGAAGGCUGGGACACGGGGAUGCAGAAGACCGGAAAACUCCAACUUUGGUUGAAGCUCUGAAAGAUAGGCAUGUGAAAAGCAUUUCAUGUGGCUCAAACUUCACAUCAAGUAUAUGCAUCCAUAAGUGGGUCUCUGGAGCUGAUCAAUCAAUUUGCUCAGGUUGUCGACAGACAUUUGGUUUUACUAGAAAGAGGCAUAAUUGUUAUAAUUGUGGACUGGUCCAUUGUCAUGCUUGUAGUUCCAAAAAAGCACUGAGAGCAGCAUUGGCCCCCACUCCUGGAAAACCACAUCGUGUAUGUGAUGCUUGUUAUACAAAACUUAAAGCUGCUGAGGCUGGUUAUUCUUCUAAUGUUAGUAGGAGAGCUACAGUCACCCGUUCAAUGGAUAGCAGGGAUUUUCUAAACAGGGGAGAUAUAAAAUCUUCAAGGAUUCUGCUUUCUCCCACUAUAGAACCCAUUAAAUAUCUUGAGGUCAAGUCGACAAAGCCUGGGGUCAGAUCGGAAUCUCCUUCUAUAGUCAGGGCUUCCCAAGUUCCAUCCCUUUUACAACUAAAAGAUAUGGCUUUUCCCAGUUCAUUGAGUGCGCUUCAAAAUGCUUUGAAGCCUGUUAUGACAACACCUCCUCAGCCCAAUUCAAGAUCUAGUUCACCAUAUUCAAGGAGACCAAGCCCUCCACGGUCUGUAACACCUAUAUUUUCUAGGAGUGUUAUUGACAGUCUUAAGAAGACAAAUGACAUUCUGACUCAAGAAGUAUCGAAGUUGCAAAACCAGGUUAAAAGUCUGAAGCACAAGUGUGAUGCUCAAGAUGUAGAGAUACAGAAACUACAGAAACAUGCUAAAGAAGCUGGUUCAUUAGCUGAUGAGCAAUAUUCUAAGUGCGGAGCUGCCAAAGAACUCGUCAAAUCCAUCACAGAACAGAUGAAAGAAUGGGAAGAGAAGUUGCCUCCUGAGGUUUCUGACAGUGAUACUUUCAAAGAAUUGCGUACUCAAGCUGAAGAUUUUAUUAACACAAGUAUCGGAAGACCAAGCUUAGAACUUGAACAACAAUAUGCGGCCGAUAAAACUUCCUUGGAUUUUGAGUCUUCUAAAACGGAAGACAACAAAGGAGAAGACCCUGGGGAGGCUGAACCUCAAAACAGCUCAGAAAGCCACUUGAGAUCACCCGAAUCAUCAACAAUACGGUCAGGACAGAAGGAAGUCAUUGAACAAUUUGAACCGGGUGUUUAUGUUACUCUCCUUCAACUACAAAAUGGUGCUAGGGUUUUUAGGCGUGUUAAAUUCAGCAAACGAAAGUUUAGUUCGCAACAGGCAGAAGAAUGGUGGACAAAUAACAAAGAUAGGCUGCUUAAGAGAUACAGUCAGCUGAAGGCAAGGGCAAGUCCUUCCCCAAGUCUACCGCCCAGCAGUCCUGUACCUGCUGCUGAGGAAAACAGUGAGGCAGCCUCACCUUCCACUACAUAGUUUCAUAACUUAGUCUCUUACAUUACGGUUUAGAAAGUGGGUAAGUAGGAUCAAGAAUCUGCUUUAGAGUGGCACUGUAUGAAUCAGUUUAGGUGUAAACAUAUCUUUGUUCAGAACAAAAUAGAUCAAGAACCUUUUUUCUUUUUA